CUCGCUUCGUAGGAGGCCAACAUGGCGUGUGGCUUCCGCAGGUCCAUCGCCUGUCAGCUUUCCAGAGUAUUGGAUCUUCCACCAGAAAACUUAAUCAAGUCAAUAUCUGCUGUUCCAAUUUCCAGGAAAGAUGGCUGUUCUACUUAUCUCACAGAGAUAUGAAGCUAUUGUACAAUACAAGUAGAUAAUAGAAGAAGAAGAAUUUUAUAAGAUGAUAAAAGAGAAAUAGCUGAUUUUCAGCUUUCUAUGGAGUCUCUGUUGGAGAACAGUGACCAUUCAAGACCAGAUAUUCAAGUUCAAGCCACAAGACUGGCAGAGAAGCUAAAAUGUGAUACAGUGGUGAGUGAAAUCAGCACUGGUCAAGGGACUAUAAAUUUCAAAAUAAAUAGAGAACUAUUAACAAAGACAGUGCUAAAUCAAGUAAUAGAAGAUGGCUCAAAAUAUGGAUUGAAAAGUGAGCUUUUCUCUGGUCUUCCCCAGAAGAAGAUUGUGGUUGAAUUCAGUUCACCUAACAUUGCCAAAAAAUUUCACGUUGGACAUUUGCGUUCUACCAUCAUAGGAAAUUUCAUAGCAAAUCUCAAGGAAGCUUUAGGACAUCAAGUAACCAGAAUAAAUUACCUUGGAGAUUGGGGCAUGCAGUUUGGUCUACUGGGAACUGGCUUUCAACUGUUUGGCUAUGAAGAAAAACUCCAGUCCAAUCCUUUACAACAUCUCUUUGAAGUUUAUGUACAGGUUAAUAAAGAAGCAGCAGAUGAUAAGAGUGUAACAAAAUCAGCACACGAGUUCUUCCAGCAAUUGGAACUGGGUGACAUGCAAGCACUUGGACUAUGGCAAAAAUUUCGGGAUUUGAGUGUAGAAGAGUACAUUCGGAUUUACAAGCGUAUAGGAGUACACUUUGAUGAAUACUCAGGAGAAUCAUUUUAUCGUGAAAAAUCUCAAGAAGUCUUAAAGAUGCUGGACAGUAAAGGACUCCUACAGAAAACAAUAAAAGGAUCAGCUGUAGUGGAUCUUUCUGGGAAUGGCAACCCCUCUGCAAUUUGUACUGUAAUGCGAAGCGAUGGAACUUCUCUCUAUGCAACCAGAGAUCUUGCAGCUGCUAUAGAUCGAAUGGACAAGUAUAAUUUUGAUACAAUGAUUUAUGUGACAGACAAAGGGCAAAAAAGGCAUUUUCAGCAAGUGUUCCAACUGCUGCAGAUCAUGGGAUAUGACUGGGCAAAAAGGUGCCAACACGUGCCCUUUGGGGUAGUACAGGGAAUGAAGACUCGAAGAGGCGAUGUUACUUUUUUGGAAGAUGUCUUAAAUGAGAUUCAGUUAAGGAUGCUACAGAACAUGGCUUCUGUUAAGACUACAAAAGAGCUUGAGAACCCACAGGAGACUGCAGAGAAGGUCGGGCUCGCAGCACUUAUUAUUCAGGACUUCAGAGGUUUACUCUUAUCUGACUAUCAGUUCAGCUGGGAUCGUGUUUUCCAGAGCCGUGGGGACACAGGUGUCUUCCUGCAGUACACACACGCCCGCCUCCACAGUUUGGAAGAGACUUUUGGGUGUGGUUAUCUAGAUGACUUCAACACUGCUUGUUUACAAGAGCCACAGUCUGUUUCAAUUCUCCAGCAUCUUCUCAGGUUUGAUGAAGUGCUUUACAGAUCAUCUCAGGACCUUCAACCUAGGCACAUUGUCAGUUACCUCCUAACUCUAAGUCAUCUUGCAGCUGCAGCACACAAAACACUGCAAAUAAAAAGCAGUCCUCCUGAAGUCGCUGGGGCCAGACUUCAUCUUUUCAGAGCUGUGCGUUCUGUCCUGGCCAAUGGAAUGAAGCUUCUUGGAAUAACACCUGUAUGUAGGAUGUAAUUUCUAAUUAAAAUGGCUUUUUAAAUACUAAACUAAUUCUAGUUAUCUAUUCUUAUAUGCCUUGCUGAUUAGAAUUUUAAGCUGUUCUGUAUCAGAAUCUAUGUAUUAAGUCUAUAAGUGAUUUACCAACUUAUUAAAUCUUGGUCCUUAAAAAAAAAUCAUGAGUUCCCUCAUGGUCAAUAAGUACUAAAUAAACAUUUAUAAAAUUCAGUUAAAUCUUUUAAAUUCAUUGUGGUCUAAUGGGAAUAAAGGGUCAGAGUUUAAACUCUACUUUUAUGUUUCUUACACUGUCAUACUUCAGAAAUUAUUCUUGUAACUGAGAUUAUAUAAUGUUGAAAAAUUAUCUCAAAUUUCCUCUAAGUACAGCUAGUUCUGAAAAUAUUUAGGGAGACCAAUAUUAAGUCUUUUUGCCAAUACAGCUGACACUUCCAGAGAACAGAUCUUCUGCUUGUCUUUGAUUUAUACAGGUAACUCUUACUAUGUGAGCUUGGGAACUGAAUAUAUUUGAACAACAAGAAAUUACUUGUUCAGUAUUGUAUUAGGGUCUUUUUGUAAAAAUUAAUUAAACCAUACUUUGAAAUGGAA